CCCUAAUGAUAAGCACCGAGCACGUAUGGGCCAGUAAAGGUACGAGUGUCAAAGAUUUGACAUCGCAUACGAAGCGAAAAUAUUUCGGUGAAUUUGCACAAAAAAUUUAAGAUUAGAAAUUCUUAUCAAUUUUUCGAUAAUUUUAUAUCGAUAUGAAUUAAAAUUUUUACAAAUUUUCGAUUAAAAUUUUUUUUUGACGAAUUCUAUUUUUGAUUAGUUUUUACAAUGACAGCUUUUAAGCCUACAGAUGUUAAACGUGAAGAGUUUAGAAAAUAUUUAGAACGUUCUGGCGUUAUGGAUACGCUUACAAAAAUACUAGUCAAUCUUUACGAAGAAUCUGAGAAACCUGCCGAUGCCUUAUCUUAUCUACGAAACAAAUUAAGUUUAACAGCUGGUGAUCCCAACGAUACUAUCGAAGGUUUACGAGAGCGCAUAGAAAAUUGUUUACUACAUUUACAACGUUUUGAAAUGGAAAUAGCACAAUUAAAAGGUGUACAAUAUGUACCAACAAAUCCUUCACAAUUUACGCUACAACCACCACCGCCACCAUCAACAAAUCAAAAAUCAGAUGUUCCACCACCUACGGACGGGUCCGUAACUGUAGAUCAAGAAUCUACAACCAAAUAAGAAAAAGGAUCACUAUUCAUAACAUUUACAUUAUGCUUAAACAAUAGUUCCGUCCACACAUCACUACAAAAUCAGAAUCAAAUCAUCAGGAAUACGUAACUUAAUCAAAAAAAUGUGCAAUAGUAGUAUUUCAAAAUUAAAAAAGGAAAAAAAGGCCACUCCAUACAUCUUAUCUCGUUUUGUAAUUACUUCAAUUUUAUUUCAAAAAAUGUACAAAAAAAGCCACCCAUAUUUCAUUCAUUUCAUAUAAAGUUUUAAUCGUACUCCCCCAAUCGCUCAUCCUUUAUUUCAAUUUCAAAGGGUACCCCAACAUGUGUAAAUAUAGUGGGACAAAUUAAGGAUGUUUCGUAAAAAAAAUUAUUCAAGUUUUUAUAAAAGCUAAGCCCUAUUUCCGCGCUAUUCAUCUUUCUUCUUGUAAAGAAUCAUUUCAAUUUUGAUGUCGUAGGAAAUCAUAACGUAUAAAAUCGCGGAAUUUCGAAUCCUCUUAUGAAAAUUUUGACCAAAAAAUUUUACUCUUGUAAUGACUUCUUUAUUUGAAAAGUUAUCAGAUCCAAUCGGUAAAUAGUUGUGGCAUUUUAUUUUAACCUUUGUUUUUUUUAAACUUACAAUCUUAUUAAAUUUUUAUUCACCUCUAUUUUCUCACCCCGUCUACUCUUAUUCACAUUCAUAAAAACAUAUCUCUGAACUAUGUCCACUAGGUGGUAUUUGAUUUAACCCUUGUGGGUGUGUGACGAGGUGCCUGGUAUCUUUACAUUUUCAAUUAAACGAAAAGUUCACGCAUUUUAAAUAGCUGUAGUUUUCUGAAAGCUCUCUUUUUAUGGUUUAACCCCGUCAACUCAAACACAAUAUUUUGAAGAAAAUAAAACAUUUUUUAUCUCCAUAGUAGGGUGAAAAGGUACCCGGGUCAACUAUAUAUCACUCUGAUGAAGUUCUUUUUUUUUUGUCACUCACAUAAAGGUUAAACUCCUACCCCUAGCUCAAUCCUUUUUCAUUUCGAAAAAUCAUUUCAUUUUUUUCAUCUUAAUAUUUUGUACUUAGUACAUUUCAUUUACAAAUUUCACUGUAUUUUGUAGACCCCAUACUCCAUUCCUCUUUAAUUUCUUACCUUUUUUUUAUAAUUGGAUAAUUAUUUUCUCUCCCUUGGAUAUAAUUUCAAAAAAUUAAGAAAGAAGCUUCUUUUUUUUGUUGAAAACAACCUUCCCUCUUCAUCCUUUUAAAUCCAAAAAUUAAUAAUUAUGACCCAGUUAAUACCAUAACAUUGUAUAUAUUUGGGGGUAAAUCAUUUAAAACUUAUUGGACGCCUUUAAAUCAUCCCCGCUUUUAUUUCAUCCCAAACGUCUUUAUUUUGAUAAUAAAAUAUCAAUAAAAUGACCUCUUAAUGGCGUAGUGGCGGUGAAAAUUUUUAAUAAAUGACAUUAUUG